CUCACGCAUCUCAGCUCGACUGGCGAAGCGCACAUGGUCGAUGUCGGCGGAAAAGAUUCCACCGAGCGAGUUGCAGUUGCUGUCGGAUAUGUGCACUUCAGCAAAGAGGGAGCUUACAAAGCCAUCACCGAAAACCUCAAUAAGAAGGGCGAUGUUCUUGGAGUUGCACGUAUCGCAGGCAUCAUGGCAGCCAAAAGAUGCUCGGACAUUAUUCCUCUCUGCCAUCCGAUCCCCAUUACCAAAGUCACAGUAAAUGUUGGAACGAUGUCACCACAGAACGCCAUGUCCAUCAGGACUCAGUUGGGAGCCCAUACGACAAAAUAUGGCAUAGCCGCAGUGGAAGCCCGAGUACACACUCGUGGUCAGACGGGUGUUGAGAUGGAGGCUCUCACGGCUGUAUCAGGCGCUUGUCUGACUAUCUAUGACAUGUGCAAGGCUGUGGACAAGGACAUGGUCAUAUCUGGUGCCCGUAUCUUAUUCAAAGAUGGAGGACGAUCUGGCACGUAC